AUGCCGUCUUCGUCCUUCUUUCUCCCCGAAGGGCCGAGCCCCUCGAUGUUUCAUGGUGAGGGGUAUCAAGAGGGAUACGCUGAAGGCAGCCACGUUGGAGUUAUUGAGGGAAGGAGGUAUGGAUCACUCCACGGUGCCAAGAUUGGGUCUGAGGUUGGCUGCUACCUGGGGUUUACACUUACAUGGCGGUGUCUGCUCCACAAAUGCACAGAUGAAAAGAACAGUAAAAAGAUAAGGGUUCUGGAUUCAUUAAUAGGGAUGAUUCGGAAAUUCCCUUAUGAAGACCCCACUUAUGACAAGCUUCAAGAAGAUCUGGAAAAAAUCAGAGGAAAAUUUAAACAGGUUUGCUCAAUACUAAACAUUCAGUCUGAUUUUAGAAUCAGUACUGAAAGAUCUUCACUAACAUUUUGAGUAUAGCAGAUGAAGAUAAACAUGGAUGAACAAAGAAGAAAUAUUAAAAGAACACAUAACUGGGAAGUGUUUAUCUACUCCUACUCUAAACAAAAUGAAAAUAGUGAACAGGUGCUAAAAUAUUAAAGAGGGAAGAGAAAAAUAUUGAGCUUUUAACAGUAUUUCUUAUAACGUCCUUCUACAGUUAUUAUCUCCAGGUUUCAUAUAGGAUCACUGAAAUAAGUGUGUGAAGCUGUUAAAAAGAAAUGUCUGCUUUAAUUCCUCAUUAACCUUGCACUGAUAAGGAUUAAUUCUUAAGAGGAAAAAGUAUUUUUUUGUAAUGCUUUCUUAUUUAAAGGAUGUAUAUUAUUUUAAAAGCCUGUAUAUGUAGUUCAGUUUACACCCUGUGUACAUAUUGUACUAUACCAUUUGUAGUAAAAUAUGAUCUAUUGCCUGCUGAGUUUACAGUAGGGAACGUCUUUGUGUGGGUAAAGGGUAGGAUUGCUAAUGGAAUAAGAAUUAAUAGGAGAGAGACUAAGAUGCUUGUUCUUAAAGUAGCUGCAGCUCAAAACAUGAAAUUUGCUCUUUACGCUAGCUCUGCAGAUGGAUCCAAUAUGCAAAAAAACCCCAAACACUAACAAUUCUAAGUGAUCAAUAAUAGACAUAUGACUGGCAAAAGAGUUGUGAUACUGAUACCAGUUUUUACUAGUACCUUUUAUCUGGGAAUAGCUCAUUGUUUUCCAGGCUUGAAAAUAUGCUCGUUGAUCUCAUUCAAAAAAUAAAUGCUGCCAGCUAUAUAAAUAUUCAGCUAUGUUAGCUGAAGAGAAAAAGACAGUUAUUUUACCUGAAAGAUAUUCUGUAUUGUGCUGCUAGAUAUCUCGGCAUGCUAAUCGCAAAUGCUGUUAUAUAAUUAAUUGUGGAAGAUCUUUCACCACAAUGUGUCUGGCCAGGUCCACAUGGCGUAAUGUAGCUUCACACAGAGAGAUUUGACUAGCAUGGAUAUCAGAAACUAUUCACAGAGUGAAUUAUCUUGGGGAAGGCAAUGUGCUAACAUGACCAUAUCCUUCAAUAGCACUCUUUUGUGCCAUCUAGACCUCACCUCUGUUUUACUUGUACAGCUUCUUUAUUAUACAAGAAAAUAAGCAACUCGAAUUUUUAAAGUGUUCACUGUGCAUUCGCAUCUGGGAUGUGAAGGACAUGCAUUUUGUUGCAAUUCUUGGAUUACCAAUGCUCAAGAAAAAAGUUGGUAUGUUUUUGUUGAGUGUGUUUGUGCAUACAUAUGUAUCAUUUUAUUUCAAAAUAAUCUUUCGCUUUUUGUCUUUCCUGAAUAUAACAGUGAUCAGAGGCCCUUUUUAAUAGCUAACUGCUGUUGUAGUUUUUUUUUUCUUUUAGAAUUGGCUUUUGUGUGCAAGUGUUCAAACAGUCCUGAUAUAUAUAUAUAUAUAUAAUGAAAGUCAGAGCCAUCUAGUGGAGGAGGUUGUUACUUUGUGUAAGAAAUGGAUUAUCCAAGUGCUGCUUCUUGUAAGAGUUUGCAAAUAUUUGUAUGGGUAGAAGUUGCCAAAAUAGAAAGUUCAGAAUAUACUUACGCAUAAUUCAACUCCUCUAAUUAUGUGAUAGAUUUCUUUGAAAUAAAGUAGUAUGGAGGUAGGA